CUGAGUGAAACCUGAGUGAAAACAACACAGGGAAUUUCUCACAAUAAUAAUGACUUCAGCACAUAAAGUAUCUGAUCUGAGGAUCAUUCUAUUGGGUAAGACUGGAGCUGGAAAAAGUGCCACAGGGAACUCCAUCCUGGGCAGAGAUGCAUUUGAAGAGAACAAUAUAAUGUGUGAGAAACAGAAAGGAGUGGUGGGUGGAAAGACCAUCGCUGUAGUUGACACUCCGGGACUAUUUAAUACAUCUAUUACUGAAGAUCAGUUGAAGGCUGAAAUUGAGAACUGUAUGGUGAUGUCUGCUCCUGGUCCACAUGUGUUUCUGCUGGUGAUCAAACUGGGAGUGGGAUUCACAAAAGAAGAGAGGGACACAGUGAAAUGGAUUCAAGAGAACUUUGGAGAAGAGGCUUUGGGGCGUACCAUCAUUCUGUUCACUCACACUGAUCUGCUAAAGGAUUACUCUUUAGAUGAGUACAUUAGGAAAAGCAAAUAUUUACCAGAAAUAGUUGAUAGUUGUGGUGGCAGAUAUCACUCAUUCAACAAUGAGGACAAAAGCAAUCAAGGUCAGGUGUCAGAUCUGUUGCAAAAGAUCAAAAAAUUGAUAGAGGAAAAUGGAAUGAGGUAUUACACUCAUGAGAUGUUUAAAACAACUCAACAGAACAGAAACACAACAGAAAUUACAUGGAAGGACAGAAUGAAGCUGCCAAAAGUUCCACUUGGUUUGUGCUUAAUUGUAUUAAUAGGAUGUGUAUUACUAGGAACACAUUAUCUGAAAAAGGAGCAAGAACAGAAGAAGCAGCAACUGAUAACGGAGCUCCGACAUAAUAAACAAGAGCAGCAGCAGCUGAAAGAGAAGCUCACAAAGAAGGAACAGGAAUAUCAGAAGCUGAAAAAUGAUUUAAAAGAGAAAGUACAGGAAGAGCAGCAGCUGAAAAAUGACAUCACACAGAAGGAACAGGAAUAUCAGAAGCUGAAAAAUGAUUUAAAAGAGAAAGUACAGGAAGAGCAGCAGCUGAAAAAUGACAUCACACAGAAGGAACAGGAAGAGCAGAAGCUGAAAAAUGACAUCAUACAGAAGGAACAGGAAUAUCAGAAGCUGAAAAAUGAUUUAAAAGAGAAAGUACAGGAAGAGCAGCAGCUGAAAAAUGACAUCACACAGAAGGAACAGGAAGAGCAGCAGCUGAAAAAUGACAUCAUACAGAAGGAACAGGAGGAGCAGCAGCUGAAAAAUGACAUCAUACAGAGGAAACAGGAGAAGCUGAUGCUGAAAAAGGAGCUCCAACAGAAGGAAGAGGGGAAGCAGAAGCUGAAAAAUGAGCUCCUACAGAAGGAAGAGGGGAAGCAGAAGCUGAAAAAUGAGCUCCUACAGAAGGAAGAGGAGAAGCAAAUGCUGAAAAAUGAGCUCCUACAGAAGGAAGAGGAGAAGCAAAUGCUGAAAAAUGAGCUCCUACAGAAGGAAGAUGAGAAGCAAAUGCUGAAAAAUGAGCUCCUACAAAAGGAAGAUGAGGAGCUGCAGCUGGAAAAGGUGCUUCUACAGAAUGAACAGGAUAAGCAGCAGCUGAAAAAGGAGCUCCAACAGAAGGAACUGGAGGAGAAGCAGCUGGAAAAGGAGCUCUUACAUUAUGAGAAGGAGCAACAGGUGAAGCAGCAAUAG